AACAAUCGUAAAGUUGCCGUUGUGUAGAAGCCUUUGGCACUGUUUCGACUUGAAGUCGACUUUGGGGUGUUCAAUAUAACAUUGCUUACACAGAUACCGGUAUGUCACGCAGAAGGCGUCGUGAAGAAGAUGUCAACGAUUCGGAGGGCGAAGGUUUGGAUGAAAAACCAGAUGAGAAAUCAAUGAACGGCUCGGAAUCUGAUAUUGAUGACGAUGACCUCGACGUAUCGGAAUAUGAAAGCGUAGAUGAAGAGGCUCGGCAUUCAAUAGAUGAAGAAUUUGAAGAAGACGACCCUGGAGGAGAACAACCAGAAAAUGAUAACGAAAAAGUAAAGGAAGAUCAAGGCAAAGAACAUAAAAACAUAGAAAUAAAACAGGAAAAUGAAGAAGUUUCUGAAACUAUAAGAGAGAGUGGUGAUGGAAAAGAGCAAUCUGAUAAUGAGCAGCACAAACAAGAAGAAAAUUUAGAAGCUGAAAAUGAAGAAAAAGAAAGAUUGAGAAAAGAAGAAGAAGAUCCUGCAUUUAUUCCAACAAAAGGAGCAUUUUUUCAGCAUGACAUGAGAUCCGAGAACCAGUCCAAAGGUCGAGGCCGGGAUCGCAAAAUCUGGGAUAAAGGUCCAGUGAAAUGGUCUCAUGACAUGUUUGUUAUGGAGGAGCAAAUGCCAAAAUCAAGGGACUUGUUGAUAUCUUUAUAUGGAUAUGACAUACGAGAGAAAGGCGGACCACCAUCUGAUGUCAGAAGGCAAAGGGGUCGUGGACGUGGAUUCCGAGGGAGAGGUAUGGGUCGAGGAAGAGGUAGAGGGAGACCAAGACCUGAAAAUUUUGAAAGAGAACAAGAACAUACUGAGACCAAUAACAAUCAUUCAGAAGGCUAUCAAGAUGAAUAUCCAACUUUAAAUGAAGAAAAUAACAAUAGGAGUUCAGAAAUCAAACAUAAAAGCAAAUCAUAUUAUAAGAAAGAUUAUCAACCACAAAACUUUCGAGAAAAUCGAAGACCGCGUAAAGAACAACCGUAUAAAAAUUCAGAAAAUCAAUAUAGAGAUGAUCGUAAAACUCCUGAAGAUAAGGAAAAUACGAGGAAAACAGAUGAAACAAAAUCUUCCUCAGAAGCGCAAGAUACAAAUGAAAACAAAAGCGACGAAAAGUUUUCUGAUAUUUUGCAAGUUAUUAACAGUCAAGAAAAUAAACAAUCUAGUGCUUUUACUCAAAAUCAUAAUUCGAGGAGAAAUGAAUCGCAUUCAAAAAAUUAUCAGACAACGUUUUCUAAUUACCAAGAGGCACCGAAGCCUCGUCGGUAUUCCUCUUUGAGACAACGGCAAACAAGUUCUCCCGUUGAUAAACAAAUGUCUUCUUCAUCACAAUAUUCUCAUCGACCACAUGAUGCAAGAUAUAGUAACUUUGCAAAGCCAGUGCAACCAACAAGCCAAAAUACAAAUUUUUCAAAAAAACCUAGAACACCCAAUACGAGUUCAUUGCAAAACCAAGCUAUUAGAGAAGAGCCAAAAACAUCCUUACAAACGACUACGGCUAUUCAACAACAAUUAUCGCAUCCAUCACCUCCUAUCUCCUCACAAAUUGCUACGAUGGCAGCAACGAUUAGUAACCCACUGCAACAGGGCAUGACCUUUACAUCUGCUGCUGCAUCUGCCACUACACAAGGUGCUCCUCCUGAUCCAGGAUUGAUGCAGAUGCCACAAAUGCCUCUUCCAUACAAUCCUAUGUUAAAUCCGAUGUAUUUUGAUCCAGCAACUUAUCAGAGAAUGUUGCGAAUGAUGUCUCAACAGAUGACGCAAAUGACAAUGGAUCAGUUACAACCGCAUAUACCACCCCAGAUUGAUACAUCAGGAACAGCAAUUCCACCUGAAGCUCAGACUAUACCUCCACCCACAGAUAUGCAAAUGAAUCCAUUAAUUCCACCAGUUUCAUCACAAGCUAUUUCUCAAGGAUCUCUUGGGUCAAUUAUGAGGCCCCCACCCCCUCCUUUGAACCCACCAACCUAUUUCACUGGGCCGAUGGGUAUGAACAUGGGAGUGCCGCAGCAACCGUUUCCGUACCCCCCUAACCUUGUUGCUCAACAGGUUGGGGGCGUGACGUAUUUUAAUACACCCACACAGUCCCCACCAGCAAUACCCCAACCAGUGCCAAACCAACACCAACAAGCGUCACCUCGUAGGAACGCUGCUAUACCUAUAAUGGCACCCAUGGGGUUCAAUGGGCCUUCAAUAGAAUAAUAAAUAAAUGACUGAAAAUUUAUUGGUCAGUCCUAGACCUCAGUAAGGUAAUCAUGCCUGUGGAUGGUGUAUAAUGCACAGUGCACACUAUACUUGUCUGUGGCCAUAUGUGCAGAAAGCGAGAGGUCAAAAGAUAUGCUGGCUUGUUUUCAAAUGAAUUUUCUUGUGAACGAUGCCCAUAUGUAUUCACUGUUCGGUAUUAAUUUAGAUUCAUUUAUUCAAUCGCUUAAAAGUACUGAUGCAGCUCAAAUGAUUAUGACUGUUCAGCUCAUUUAUGCUUAUUCUAAUUAAUUUUUAUGGAUAUAGUCUAAUGUUUGUUCCAAACUUUAGUGAAGUUAUAUUUCACAGCACACAGCCUUGAUUUUGGAAUUCAUGGGUCCAAAACUUAUCUGAUAUCUAUAAAUUUUUUGAUUUUUGAAAUGUGUCAUGCGGUCCUGGGACAAACUGCCUAUCCUUGAUUUCCUUAUUACCGUUUUUCUUUUAUUGCUGAAUCCAUAUAUGACCCAUGUCACAAGAAUGCUUGAUUGAGGUAAAGUGAGGGUUUGAAGAAGCUAGAAUACUAGAAAUAUGGAUUAUGUGGAAUGAGAUUCUGCUUUUUCAUUGCUAUUAUUAUUUUCAUCGAAGGUAGUAUUUUUGCGUUCCUGGCCUAAAAGCUGGUUUUUACCGCCAACGUUAGUGAAGCCGUAUUUCCCCUUUUGAUUUUUGAUCCACUUAUUUUACUAUGUGUGUGUACCAUUGUAACCAUAACCGAUGUAAUAUAAAAACCUAUCAUGGUAAAUUGUUAAAACAACAUUACUUUUUUCAUUUUUAUGUUUUUUAUUUUAAGUUGUAAAUUCGUUGAACGUUUUAUAAUUUUAUUUUUGAUUUCUGCUAUUAAGUUUAAAGUUAAUAAUACUUUAAUAAAACGCGCCUAUUAUUUUUUAAAACCUUUUUGGAUAUUUUUUUUGCUUGCGACAAGUGUUUUUUUUAUAUUUUUUUACAAAUAUAAAUUUUUUCGUGUGGUAGGCACAAAGAUUGAUUUUUUUUUACCAAUCAUGGUAUAAAUCUCACCUUAACGACAUCUCACAAUAUCCUUUCGACUUUUGGUAAACGUUGAAGUUAUAUACUGAAAACAACCUAUGGUUAGCUUUUAUUUGAUGAUCAGACAAAUUUUUUUUUCUCACCAUUUUGUUGCAUCAGGGUAAUUCGAACUUUUAGGGAAUGAUAAAAAAAGUUCUUCUAUCUACAAUGUUAAGUAUCCAUUAUAUAGCAUACACACUUUUCAGUUAUUUGUAAUUCCCAUUGACUAUCUUAAAAAAAAUUCAGAGUCAUAGCUGAUGAAUGAAUAUGUAUUUUUUCAUUUUCAUAUUUCAGCCUGAACUAACCAAAAUCUAGAUAUCAUGAUAUAAAUAAAUUAUGAUUUUUUUUUCAAUCUUGAAUAAAUUUGCAUUCUAGAUAUUAUUCCACUCGGACUUGUCCCAUUCGGUGUAUAUUUCCAUUUAUUGUACUCAAUUUGUAUUGAGCUAUCAUCGAUUCACAGUUUAGUUGGUACUACCUCGCCAACCAAAUUGACCAUGUUGACUUUGGUUGCUUUAAAUAGUCUGGUAGUCGAAAUUUGAUUGUGGUUUAUACAAACAUAUGUUUGAAAGAAGUUUUGUAUCCUUUUUCUUAGCGUAUAUAUUUGUAAGAAAGUUUUAUUUUCGCAUGUGAUGAAUUGAUUCACUUUCUAGCGAAAUCACAAAAUGUCCUGAUUUCAAAUUUAUCAUGAAUUAUUCAGCUUUCCCAAAUAUGGUAAGUAUCACUAAAAUAACUGCAAGCAAUGAAAGAAAAAUUGCUUUCUUGUUGAUCUCGUCUCAUCAGAUAUUUUCUAUAACAACUAACCAUUAGAACACAACUAUGCCACACCAGUUUAAUUGAUAAAACGUACAUCUACAAAGGAUCUGCUUCACAAGAUCAUGUUGUAACACUCUGCUUCUGAUUACAUCCCACUUCGUUGUGAAGUCAAAUCGUACUUACAAAGAAGAGCCGACGACACGAUGAUAGGACUGCCAUUUAUUUAUUUAUUUACCAUUCUUUUGUUAUAUUUUAAUUAUGUUACUAUUGUUUAAUUACAAAAUGACGCAAAUUAUGA